AUGGCAGCAGUUACUUCAUUUCAUUCAUUCACCGUGAACUGUAACUUGGGAGCCUUCUUUAGAAUGAAGAGGAGCCGUUUACCUUGCAUGAAUGAAGUUCUCCAGUCCUCACCUGCAGUGAAACAGCCAAAACUUGGGUGCUGUCCUUCUCUCAGCCAGACUCACAUGUGUGCUGCUCUUCUGGACUGGGGGAAUUUGCCUCACCACGUAGUGUUACGCGUGUUUCAGUAUCUUCCUUUAAUAGAUCGAGCCCGGGCAUCUUCUGUCUGUAGGAGAUGGAAUGAAGUUUUCCACAUACCUGACCUUUGGAGAAAGUUUGAGUUUGAGCUGAACCAGUCAGCUACUUCAUAUUUUAACUCCACUCAUCCUGAUCUCAUUCAGCAGAUCAUUAAAAAGCAUGCUGCCCAUCUCCAGUAUGUCAGCUUUAAGGUUGAUAGUAGUACUGAGUCAGCAGAAGCUGCCUGUGAUAUACUCUCUCAGCUGGUAAAUUGUUCUAUCCGGACUUUGGGCUUAAUUUCAACAGCCAAGCCAAGUUUUAUGAGUAUGUCAAAGUCUCAUUUUGUGUCAGCACUUACAGUUCUUUUUGUUAACUCAAAAUCAUUGUCAUCAAUCAAAAUUGAAGACACGCCAGUGGAUGAUCCUUCUUUGAGCAUUCUUGUGGCCAAUAAUAGUGAUACUCUAAGACGCCUAAAAAUGAGUAGCUGUCCUCAUGUUUCAUCUGAUGGAAUCCUUUGUGUAGCUGAUCAUUGUCAAGGUCUUAGAGAACUGGCAUUGAAUUAUUACAUGCUAAGUGAUGAACUUCUCCUGGCGCUUUCAAAUGAGACUCAUGUUAACCUUGAGCAUCUUCGAAUAGAUGUUGUGAGUGAAAAUCCUGGACAAAUUGAAUUUCAUUCUAUUAAAAGACAAAGUUGGGAUGCACUUACUAAACACUCUCCUGGAGUGAAUGUUGUUAUGUACUUCUUUUUAUAUGAAGAGGAAAUGGAGACGUUCUUCAGAGAAGAAACCCCUGUUACUCAUCUUUAUUUUGGUCAUUCAGUCAGCAAAGAGAUUCUAGGACGGCUAGGUCUUAACUGUCCCCGACUAAUAGAGUUAGUUGUAUGUGCUAAUGGUCUUCAGGUCAUUGAUAAUGAACUUAUUUGUAUUGCUGAACACUGUAAAAACUUAACAGCCUUGGGCCUCCGUGAAUGUGAAGUUAGCUGCAGUGCAUUCAUUGAGUUUGUGAGACUGUGUGGGAGAAAGCUAACCCACCUCUCUAUCAUGGAGGAAGUUUUGAUACCUGAUGAUGUUUAUAGCCUAGAUGAAAUUCACACUGAAGUCUCCAAAUACCUGGGAAGAAUAUGGUUUCCUGAUGUCAUGCCUCUCUGGUAA